CUCUGGUGGGCAGGGAGGAAGCGGUGUGGCGGCUGGCGUCCAUAUCAAGGAGGAGCAAUUGCUUUCCAGAUAAUACAACGCACAGGCCAUUAAAUAUACGAUAUUCUCAUAUUGUAAUAAACACAAAGCCUUAGACCUCAGGAAGCCUGUCAGGUUUAAGAGUCGAAGGUGUCCGGGAAAGCGGGGACAGACAUGUCAGAAACAUACGAUUUCCUGUUCAAGUUCCUGGUGAUUGGCAGCGCUGGGACGGGGAAAUCUUGCCUCCUGCACCAGUUCAUCGAAAACAAGUUCAAACAGGACUCCAACCACACCAUUGGUGUGGAGUUCGGCUCCAGGGUGGUCAACGUCGGCGGGAAGACCGUGAAGCUGCAGAUAUGGGACACCGCUGGGCAGGAGCGCUUCAGAUCUGUGACUCGAAGUUACUAUCGCGGGGCAGCAGGAGCUCUUCUAGUGUAUGACAUCACGAGCCGGGAGACGUACAAUGCCCUGACCAACUGGCUGACGGACGCGCGGACGCUGGCCAGUCCCAACAUCGUCAUCAUCCUGUGCGGGAACAAGAAGGACCUGGACGCCGACCGGGAGGUGACCUUCCUGGAGGCCUCGCGCUUCGCCCAGGAGAACGAGCUGAUGUUCCUGGAAACGAGUGCUCUGACAGGGGAGAAUGUGGAAGAAGCUUUCCUCAAAUGUGCUCGAACCAUCCUCAACAAAAUAGAGUCAGGCGAGCUGGACCCGGAGCGGAUGGGUUCGGGGAUCCAGUACGGAGACGCGUCGCUGCGACAGCUUCGCCAGCCGCGGGGCACCACUGCACAGAGCAAGCAGCAGUGCAGCUGCUAAGAGCCCCCCCUCUGUCCUCUCCACAACCCCCCCUCCCCCUCCCCUGC